UCCACGAAAUGUAAUUUCCCUAUGCUGAAAAUAUACAUCACAUUGAGGGCUGUGUUUUCACAUUGUGGGCACCCAUUCGUCACCCAGUAUUUGACGUGACGUAGACCGAGGAGACGCAGCGUCACCACCACCGAAUAGGCGUCUCCGCGUGCUGCCUGGAUACAGUUCUGGGUUAGAAGAUGCCGAGCGGCAUGAUGCGCCUGAUUUGACAAUUGUAUAUUUUCUGAUAUCAUUGACGCACUUUUGUGGUCCUAUACUCAUAGCUUUAGCUGUCAAUGUCCACCAUUCGUUUUGGUCGUUUUUUAUUUUUACAUUUCAUACCAGUAUGUUCCCUUCGUGCUAUUCAAAGCCGACGAGUUCAAAGGACCUAUUCAAAAGGACUUAUCUGACAAAGAUAUUACUAGGAGUGUUCGUCGUGUAUAUGUCACACACCUGCUGGGUGAUUUAUGGCUUUGUGUACACCAAGCCUUGUGCGAGAGGUAAAGGAGACUGCAUUUCUUCCUACCUUGCAGAAAGACCCCGUCUCCAGCUCAGCAUUUUCUCCAGUUUGAGGCCUGACCACAGUGAACUCAACCUCAUCAUCAAGAUAGACGACUUUGACAUACAUUCUAAAUUUGAAAGGAUAACCGGCAGGUCCAUCAUGUUGCCCAGCUCAGCACCUACAUGAUGUCCCGA